UAUCUAUCUAUCUAACUCUUCAAACUAGGUUUUAUAAUGUCGACUACAACUUUUUCUCCCACUAUUCCAGAUUUUCUUGGAAACUUUUACUCAAGAAGGCUACUACUUCACACAGCGUAUCAACCACCAACCUCGGCAUCACCACCAUUUUCAGAGGCUCAUAAAGCAUCAUACUCUUAUGAACACCAUAUGAGCUUUGAUGCAAAUGUUGUCAUGGUUCUAUCAGUCCUCUUAUGUGCACUAGUUUGCUCACUUGGACUGCAUUCUAUCAUAAGAUGUAUGUUGAGGUACUCCAAUUUGUUAUCAUCCGAGGCUAGUGACGACCUCUCAGUUCGCUUAGCCAACACAGGGGUGAAACAAAAAGCCUUGAAGAGUUUCCAGACGGUAAGUUACUCUACAGAGCUGAAUCUGCCUGGUCUUGAUACAGAGUGUGCCAUUUGUCUCUCGGAGUUUGUGGCCGGAGAGCGAGUCAAGCUUCUGCCAAAGUGUCACCAUGGAUUCCAUGUCCGGUGUAUAGACAAAUGGCUAAGUUCACACUCGUCCUGUCCCACUUGCAGGGACUGUCUCAUUCAGACUUGCCAAAAGAUAGCUGGAUGCAGUGAGACUACCUCAUCAUCUGAUCAACCACCACAGGACAGCUUUAGCGUGCAUAUAGCACCACUAGGACCUGAAAGAUUCAUACCUGGUUUCUGAACACAAAGUCAACUAGGCUUAGGUGAAGUUAUGUUGUAAAGCUUGAUAUGUAUGUGCUUACCUGUAGUUCAAUAUUCAGAACAGAGUUAUCAUUUCCACUGUACAGUUUUAAAACAUUAUGAAAUGUUACUUUCUUCACUCUUUC